AGCGGAGCGCGUCUCAGCAUUCGGAGCGAAGCGCCUUCAUACGCGCAGAAACACACCGCCAACGCGACGCCACCGUGACGCGUACCACGAGGACUUAAAACGAGGAAUUGUGCCUUUGACACACAGUGUAGAAAGAACGCGAAGAUGUUUACUUGGGCUGUUUUCUUCAUCGUUAUUGCGCACUUUAAUGCGGUUCUCGCCAGCUGCCCAGCUGUGUGCUCGUGCCCGCCAGAGCUGCCCAAAUGCGCGCCCGGAGUCAGUCUGGUGCCGGACGGCUGCGGCUGCUGCAGAGUGUGUGCGAGACAGCUGAAUGAAGACUGCAGCAGGACAGAGCCGUGCGACCACACCAAGGGGCUGGAGUGCAACUUUGGGGCCAGCCACGGGGCCACCAGAGGCAUCUGCCGAGCUAAAUCAGAAGGCAGACCUUGUGAAUACAACAGCAGGAUCUAUCAGAACGGAGAGAGUUUCCAGCCCAACUGUAAGCACCAGUGCACGUGCAUCGACGGGGCGGUGGGAUGCAUUCCCCUGUGCCCGCAGGAGCUCUCCCUGCCCACGCUGGGCUGUGCCAACCCCAGGCUGGUCAAAGUGCCAGGGCAGUGCUGCGAGGAAUGGGUCUGCGACGACGGAAAGCAAAGGGCAUCUCCAGACAAGCUGUUUGGCGGCCAGCAGACGGUGGACGAUUCUGAGAACGACCUGACCAACAGAAACGAGCUCAUCUCUUUCCUCAGGCCUCUGCCCGCGUUCCGAUCGGAGCCGGAAUCGAGGAGGUUUGAGAAGUGCAUCGUUCAGACCACACCGUGGUCCCGGUGCUCCAAGACCUGCGGCACGGGCAUCUCCACCAGAAUAACCAACGACAACAGCGAGUGCAAGCUGAUGAAGGAGACCCGGAUCUGUGAGGUCCGGCCGUGCAGCCAGUCGCCGUACACCAGCCUCAAGAAAGGAAAGAAAUGCAACCGCACCAAAAAGUCCACGCGGCCCGUCAAGUUCACCUACGCUGGAUGCUCCAGCCUGAAGAAGUACCGGCCCAAGUACUGCGGCUCCUGCGUGGACGGCCGCUGCUGCAGCCCGCAGCAGACCCGCACCAUCCGUGUGAAGUUCCGCUGCGACGACGGCGAGACCUUCAACAAGAACGUCAUGAUGAUCGAGUCCUGCAAGUGCACCUACAACUGCUCCCACGGCAACGACGCCUCCUACCCCUUCUACAGACUCUUCAACGACAUCCAUAAGUUCAGGGACUGAGCGGGGAAUCCCGCCACGCCCCCCCGGCGUGAUGUCACCGCAGCCUGGCUGAGUGGGAGAUGGCGGGCCCGCCCACCGAGAAUCAUCUCCUGUUGUAUCCAGAUUCCCACGGAAUUACGGACUUACGUUACGCGGACUUUGAAGUGCACUGUUUGCUGAGGCCGCGUCGGCGUUCGGAAAGACUCGCUCCACACUGGAGCAAUACCAUUAAUGGCUUCGUUACGGAGCUUCCUGUAAAGAGAAACCCAAUUGUACAAUGCGUUUGUUAAUAUUCAAAUGUCCAGUGUAUGUUUUGAUGUCCAAACAGAAGACCAGACCCAAACUGUAGACUUGUAUGUCACGUGCAUCGUUUUGACAACUAUGAACCUGUUCAACGCCCGCUUAAGAGUUGUUUUUUAGGAACUCUUCAAUGUUCGGCAGCUAUCGAAAUCAAACUCCAAUCAAACAAGAUUCCCAAACAAAUGACUUUACGGUUGAAUGAAUGUUUUGUUAUUAUUAUUUAUCGAAAAUGUUGCUUAUUUGAACAUUGUCAUACUGGAAUAAAGUGUGCAAAUAAUCUAUGAUCUAAUUUUAUAUGUAACAAAUAAAAAGAUUUAUUUAUGAAUGA